CCCAGCAAGCUCCUUCAGCCUGCUUUCUACUUGCUCUUCUGGUGAACAAGGUUCACAUAUAUCGCCAAAAGAUGUCUACUCUCUUUGAAAACAUCAUUGCCAUCACUGAACUUUUCCAUCAAUAUUCACAAAAAGAUAAAGACACUGACACACUAAGCAAAAAAGAGCUGAAGGAACUUCUGGAAAGAGAGUUUCGUGCAAUCCUAAAGAACCCAGAUGACCCAGAUACUGCUGAUGUAUUCAUGGAAAUCCUGGAUUUAGACCACAAUGAAAAAAUAGACUUUACGGAGUAUUUACUGAUGGUGUUCAAGUUGGCACAAGCAUAUUAUCAGUCUACCACGAGACAAAACUUCCAAACAUCAGAGCGAAAGCACAAAAGGCAUAGCCACCAACACAAACAAAAAGAACAUGACACAGAAGAAGAAGAGGAACCGAAGAGAACAUUCAGGGAUUCAAGAAGACAUGAUGGAAGUAAGAAUAGGUCAAGACAUAACACCUCAACAGAAAGAGGGAAAAAGAGACAUGGGUCCACCUCAAGGGGACAAGAGGACAGAGAUGAAAAAACUCUGCAAUCAGAAACGGAAGGAUACAGAAGAAAACGUCACGAUUCAACAGGAAAGCAGAAAAGGAGAUCUGCUUCGCGAAAAAUGAGUGAAAAGAAACAUAAGACAAACACUAGCCCCAAGAGAACAAGAGAAACAGAGGGAGAUGAAAUUUGUUAUGGAAACAGAAAACAGAUGUAUGCAACUUGGGACAGUCCACAAGCUGGAGAUUCACACUACAGACUAGAAGAUGAUGAAGAAUCAAGCACACAAACAUCAGGAACGAGAAGAACACAACAAAGAAGAAAUGUCCACUCACGGGACAGCACGGGAGAGCAAGACACUACACCAGCAGGAUCCCCCUCGGGGAGACGCACACAGCGGGGACCCAGUCCCGGUCAGGCCAGCGACAGCGAGGCCCACGCCGAGCACUCGGGCAGACAGGCCACACGCACCCAGGGCAGGUCCGGGUCCCACGCACGGGAACAACAGGCACCGCCCCGCGGACAGACCGCAGACAGCUCCAGGCACGCGGGGGAGCAGCAGGCACAGACCUCCAGACACAGGCAGGCUGACGCCGCCCAAGGGCACUCGGCAUCCAGCAGGAGCGAGAGGCAAGGGGGGCAAGGGGCCCGGCACGCACAGUCGGCAGACAGCUCCACGCACUCAGGCACCGGCCACGGACAGUCCUCCCGGGCGUCCGGCGGCCACGGACACCGCCACUCCAGCGUCAGCCAGGCCAGCGAUAGCGAAGGGCAGUCAGUGGACUCCGAAAGCGAGUCGGCGUCAGAACACGGCCGCUCCGCUGACUCCCAGCGGGACCAACAGAGACCCUCCGGCCGCCGCUCGGGAGAACAGUCUGGACACUCACGCGCUCACCUCUACCAGCUCUCCCAGCACGAGCAGUCCGAGGCGGCCCACGGGCAGCCCCGAUCCGGUACUAGAGCCACACAGCAGUCCGGCCGCGAGCAGGAACGGGACGGCCCCCGACACGGGGCGCCUCGCGAGCGUGAGCGUCAGGACUCCACUGGUGGACGGCACGAGACCUCCCAGGGACGCUCCGGGUCCGGCAGCAGAGGAAGACAGGGCUCCCGCCACGAGCAGGCUCAGGACAGCUCUAGGCACGCUGCGCCCCACGGCGAUCACGCCAGCUCCAGGGGACAGUCAGCAUCCAGCAGCGGAGGGAGGCAGGGAUCGCGCCACGAGCAAGCCGAAGACACCUCCGGGCGCUCUGGGUCCCAGCACCGCCAGACAGCCCCCCAGGGACGGUCCGACUCGGCCCACGGGCGGUCAGGAGCCCGGGGAGAGAGCACACCACGAUCCGGCCACGGGCAAGCAGCAGAUGGCCCUAGGCAGUCAGGCUCUCGGCGCCAACAGACUGCCACCGGCACAGACAGUUCCAGACACGCACAGUCUCCGCAGCAGGGACACGCGGCCGCUGGACCCGCGACAAGCAGACGCCGGGGGUCCAGUGUCAGCCAGGACAGCGAGAGCGAAGGCCACUCGGAGGACUCAGAGAGACAGGCCGGGGGCCAGCGUGCGCCCGCCCACGGUGUCUCAAGGGACAGCUCUGGCCACUCCAGGUCUCAGCAACGGGAACGCACCAGGGGCCAACACGCCGAGUCCGCCCAGGGACCCUCAGCAGCCGGAAGCACGGGAAGACACGGAGAGAGCCACGGACAGUCUCUAGACAGCCCCAGACAAUCGGGCUCCCAGCACACGCAGGCCGAAACCUCCCAGGCAGAGUCCAGCCCAAGCAGCAGGAGGAGCAGGAGGCACGAGCAGUCACCGGACAGCGCCGGACACUCUGACGCCGCACCCGCACGAUCCCCCUCGGGGAGACGCACACAGCGGGGACCCAGUCCCGGUCAGGCCAGCGACAGCGAGGCCCACGCCGAGCACUCGGGCAGACAGGCCACACGCACCCAGGGCAGGUCCGGGUCCCACGCACGGGAACAACAGGCACCGCCCCGCGGACAGACCGCAGACAGCUCCAGGCACGCGGGGGAGCAGCAGGCACAGACCUCCAGACACAGGCAGGCUGACGCCGCCCAAGGGCACUCGGCAUCCAGCAGGAGCGAGAGGCAAGGGGGGCAAGGGGCCCGGCACGCACAGUCGGCAGACAGCUCCACGCACUCAGGCACCGGCCACGGACAGUCCUCCCGGGCGUCCGGCGGCCACGGACACCGCCACUCCAGCGUCAGCCAGGCCAGCGAUAGCGAAGGGCAGUCAGUGGACUCCGAAAGCGAGUCGGCGUCAGAACACGGCCGCUCCGCUGACUCCCAGCGGGACCAACAGAGACCCUCCGGCCGCCGCUCGGGAGAACAGUCUGGACACUCACGCGCUCACCUCUACCAGCUCUCCCAGCACGAGCAGUCCGAGGCGGCCCACAGGCAGCCCCGAUCCGGUACUAGAGCCACACAGCAGUCCGGCCGCGAGCAGGAACGGGACGGCCCCCGACACGGGGCGCCUCGCGAGCGUGAGCGUCAGGACUCCACUGGUGGACGGCACGAGACCUCCCAGGGACGCUCCGGGUCCGGCAGCAGAGGAAGACAGGGCUCCCGCCACGAGCAGGCUCAGGACAGCUCUAGGCACGCUGCGCCCCACGGCGAUCACGCCAGCUCCAGGGGACAGUCAGCAUCCAGCAGCGGAGGGAGGCAGGGAUCGCGCCACGAGCAAGCCGAAGACACCUCCGGGCGCUCUGGGUCCCAGCACCGCCAGACAGCCCCCCAGGGACGGUCCGACUCGGCCCACGGGCGGUCAGGAGCCCGGGGAGAGAGCACACCACGAUCCGGCCACGGGCAAGCAGCAGAUGGCCCUAGGCAGUCAGGCUCUCGGCGCCAACAGACUGCCACCGGCACAGACAGUUCCAGACACGCACAGUCUCCGCAGCAGGGACACGCGGCCGCUGGACCCGCGACAAGCAGACGCCGGGGGUCCAGUGUCAGCCAGGACAGCGAGAGCGAAGGCCACUCGGAGGACUCAGAGAGACAGGCCGGGGGCCAGCGUGCGCCCGCCCACGGUGUCUCAAGGGACAGCUCUGGCCACUCCAGGUCUCAGCAACGGGAACGCACCAGGGGCCAACACGCCGAGUCCGCCCAGGGACCCUCAGCAGCCGGAAGCACGGGAAGACACGGAGAGAGCCACGGACAGUCUCUAGACAGCCCCAGACAAUCGGGCUCCCAGCACACGCAGGCCGAAACCUCCCAGGCAGAGUCCAGCCCAAGCAGCAGGAGGAGCAGGAGGCACGAGCAGUCACCGGACAGCGCCGGACACUCUGACGCCGCACCCGCACGAUCCCCCUCGGGGAGACGCACACAGCGGGGACCCAGUCCCGGUCAGGCCAGCGACAGCGAGGCCCACGCCGAGCACUCGGGCAGACAGGCCACACGCACCCAGGGCAGGUCCGGGUCCCACGCACGGGAACAACAGGCACCGCCCCGCGGACAGACCGCAGACAGCUCCAGGCACGCGGGGGAGCAGCAGGCACAGACCUCCAGACACAGGCAGGCUGACGCCGCCCAAGGGCACUCGGCAUCCAGCAGGAGCGAGAGGCAAGGGGGGCAAGGGGCCCGGCACGCACAGUCGGCAGACAGCUCCACGCACUCAGGCACCGGCCACGGACAGUCCUCCCGGGCGUCCGGCGGCCACGGACACCGCCACUCCAGCGUCAGCCAGGCCAGCGAUAGCGAAGGGCAGUCAGUGGACUCCGAAAGCGAGUCGGCGUCAGAACACGGCCGCUCCGCUGACUCCCAGCGGGACCAACAGAGACCCUCCGGCCGCCGCUCGGGAGAACAGUCUGGACACUCACGCGCUCACCUCUACCAGCUCUCCCAGCACGAGCAGUCCGAGGCGGCCCACGGGCAGCCCCGAUCCGGUACUAGAGCCACACAGCAGUCCGGCCGCGAGCAGGAACGGGACGGCCCCCGACACGGGGCGCCUCGCGAGCGUGAGCGUCAGGACUCCACUGGUGGACGGCACGAGACCUCCCAGGGACGCUCCGGGUCCGGCAGCAGAGGAAGACAGGGCUCCCGCCACGAGCAGGCUCAGGACAGCUCUAGGCACGCUGCGCCCCACGGCGAUCACGCCAGCUCCAGGGGACAGUCAGCAUCCAGCAGCGGAGGGAGGCAGGGAUCGCGCCACGAGCAAGCCGAAGACACCUCCGGGCGCUCUGGGUCCCAGCACCGCCAGACAGCCCCCCAGGGACGGUCCGACUCGGCCCACGGGCGGUCAGGAGCCCGGGGAGAGAGCACACCACGAUCCGGCCACGGGCAAGCAGCAGAUGGCCCUAGGCAGUCAGGCUCUCGGCGCCAACAGACUGCCACCGGCACAGACAGUUCCAGACACGCACAGUCUCCGCAGCAGGGACACGCGGCCGCUGGACCCGCGACAAGCAGACGCCGGGGGUCCAGUGUCAGCCAGGACAGCGAGAGCGAAGGCCACUCGGAGGACUCAGAGAGACAGGCUGGGGGCCAGCGUGCACCUGCCCACGGUCACUCAGGAGACAGUUCUGUGUCUUUUCAAAAUGAAAUAGGUAAUCAUACGGGAUCUGAAUCUUAUUCUACUCCUCUUAAUGAACAUGAUCCUUCUUCUGUUUCUGAUGAAUCUACAUAUUCCUCUGAUGUCCAGACGUCUAGAAAUCAUCAUAGUUAUGGUGCUAACAAUUCACAUUCUGUGAUUUCUGAAAGGGCGCUUUAUGGAUCAGGUGUUGGUUGGAGACAUGGAAGCUAUGGGAGUGCAGAUUAUGAGUAUGGGCAGUCAUGGUUUGGACAUUCUCCACGUGGAAAUGUCCUUCAGAAUGCCAGACCUGAAGGAAUCAUUAGUAGACAUGAGCGCAGAAUAGCAUGUGGAUAUGGAGGAGAUUAUGGGAGAUACAAUAAUAUCAGCAGUAAUAGGCACUCGGGAAUAUAUAGUCUUUCUAGUAAUAUACCAAAACAGUUAGGAUUUGGGCGGUCACAAAGAUACUAUUACUAUGAGUGAGAAAGUAAUGGAAAACUAAUUAAUCCAAAGAGUAGCAGAACAAAUCAAGAACACAGCUUUGAAUCUAUAUACUUUUUCAUAAUUCUGUUUGGGAGGUUAUCUUUUUCUUUAUUUUCUUUAACAUAUUAUUAUACUUUCAUUUCUUUGGUGCAAGUUUCUUUUUAUUCUCCUGUGAUUUUUUAAGUUUAUUCUGGAAACAUUAAAUGGAAAUCAAUGCUAUUAACAGCUAAAUUUGGGAAAGUGCACUGGUAGAGAUUAGGGUUCAUAAUAGUGUUUUUCAUUCUGAUAUUAAAUUUUAGUUCUACUUUUGCUAAAAAUGUUAUUGGAGCCAAAAAGAUAAGAUCACUCUUCUGUAAGCCAAAUCUGCUAUAUUAACAUUAGGCCUCAAGAUAUCUGCCUCUUUUAUCUUUGCAUUAAAACUUUGUAUUAUUCUGAAUUCAUUAAAAUCACUUUGGGAAUACUCAUUCAAAAAUAUACUGAAUGAAAAAUUAAAAAUAAAGCUAUCAUAUAACAUA